AUGUCUGAGGAAGAGUUAGAGGAGGCGGAAGACGUUCUUGCUGAGGUGGCUGCUAAGGUGGCACAUCUUCGCAAGCAGAAACGAGUUUGGUAUGAAAGGAUGAAGCGUGCUGUCGCGCGGGGAAUUACUGAUUUGGCGGAAUUGGAUUGUGUUGAGCGUGAGGAGGCGGAGGCUGCCCGUCAGGCUGCCUUAGCGCCUAAUUCUGCCGUUGCCGGCCUAUCCUAG